UGCUGAUGCUGCUGCUGCUUCUGCAGGACAUUUAAACGUUUCUUUAAGAUUUCAAGAGUUGUUUCGUGUUUUAAAGUGUCAAAUAAACAACCGGAAGACGGCCGGAUCGAAGAGUUCACGGUGGUGUCUUCAGUCCGAACCCGUUUGAGUUCAGUUCGUUACGAGCUAGCAUCCAGACACAGAAGAAGAUAAAACCUGGAGGAGUUCUGGCAGUGACACGCUGAAGUCGCUUGGUUUUGCAGAGCGGCGCCGUCCUGCAUGGCUUCAUCGGACGUCGGCAUGCAGGAGAUGAGCGAGGUGGUGAUCGUCACCCUUCCAGAGGCGGUGGACCUGCCGUCGGUGGUGGAGGAGGACAAAGCCGUGCUGGUGACUGCAGAGCUGGAGGCUCAGGCUGGGGAGGACGUCCUCGCCGUGGCGCCCGUGGAGGCCGAGGCCAGCGACGCGACGUCUCUGUCAAAGGAAGAGACGGUCAUCGUGAAGCUGUCUGAGGAGGUGGACGUGGAGGCCGACGUCUUCUAUCCCAUCACCUGCGGGGACGCCAAAGCCACGCUGGUGUGGAAGAAGUUUGUGUGUCCUGGGAUCAAUGUCAAGUGUGUGCAGUUCAACGAACAUCUCAUCAGUCCCAAAGAGUUCGUGUGUUUGGCGGGAAAGUCCACGCUGAAGGACUGGAAGAGAGCCAUCCGGCUGAACGGCACCAUGCUCAGGAAGAUCAUGGACUCUGGUGAGCUGGACUUCUACCAGCACUCGAGGGUCUGCUCCAACACCUGCCGCAGCACCAAGAUCGAUCUGGUGGGGACCAAAGUCUCGCUCAGCGGCGACCAGUCGGAUGUGGUUUCUGCAGCCUCCUCCUCUGCUGACCUGAACGGAGCCGCCGCGUCUCUACCUGAGGGGGUGGAGGAACCGUCGGAGUGGGUCACAGCGAUCGGAGAGGACUCGGUGACGUUCUGGCGGACUGUGAAGGAGGCGGGUCUGCUGGAGGAGGUGGUGGAGGACUUCCAGAAGGAGCUGCAGGAGGUGUUGAAAGGUCUGCAGGAGAGGGUCCAUGAUCCUCCUCUGCAGGUCAAAGACGCCGUUCUGCUCAACAACAUCGUGCAGAACUUCGGCAUGUUGGACCUGGUGAAGAAGGUUCUGGCGAGCCACAAGAACCAGAUGGACCACUACAGGGAGCAGUACACGCGCAGCCUCGCCGCUCUGGAGCAGCAGUGUGACGAGCACAGGAAGCGCGCCAAAGAGCUGAAAAGCAAAUCGCAGCACCUGAACAACGUCCUGAUGACCCUCACGCCCGUCACCCCCCCGCCAGCGCUGAAGCGCCCCCGGCUGACGCGCGCCGUUUCCGGCCCCGCCGCCGUCGGAGCCGCUCCCGCCCAGAUCACGCUGCCCCUCAGCCAGCUGAGCGGCCUGCCGCUGGGAAAGGUGCUGACCGUGGCGGGAGGCCAGCCGGGCGCCAACCUCAGCGGCUACACCCUGCUGACCUCGCCGCUGCCCGGCUCCGAGCUGGUGCCCGACGCCUCCAACGUCACGCUGCUGUCGCCGGGUCAGGAGGCCGCGGCCGGCGCCGGCUGCUCUGCGGCCUCUGCGGCGUUCGUGAAGAUGCUCGGCCCCCAGUUCCAGCUGGUCACGCUUCCCUUCGCCGCCUCGCAGGGCGCCGCCGUGCAGCACCAGGUCACCGGCAUCGUGGUGGACGCCGUGGAAACGGAAUCGCAGGAGGAAAGCCCGGCUGACGGCGAGGAGGAAGGUCAGCCGGAGCAGGAGGGGGCGGAGCAGCUGUGAGGCGGAGGACGGCCCCCCACAGCUCCUGU